CUCAAAGGAAGUAGAUCAAAACCAGUCUACAAAUUCCUACCUAAACACACCCACAUAAUCAACCCUCUCACAAAUCAGCCAAGAUGCUCAGCUGGUACAAAGCCCAACUGGCCGCGCGCCCUCUCCUAACCCAAGCCGUCACAACCUCCAUCCUCUUUGGCGUCGGCGACGUCGCCGCCCAGCAGCUCGUCGACCGUCGGGGGCUGUCCAACCACGACCUGACCCGCACCGGUCGAAUGGUUUUGUACGGCGGCGCCGUCUUCGGGCCCGCCGCCACCACGUGGUUCCGCUUCCUGCAAAAGCGCGUGGUCGUGCCCGGCAGCACCAACAAGACCAUCCUGGCGCGGGUGGCGGCCGACCAGGGACUGUUUGCGCCGACUUUUAUCGGGAUUUUCUUGGGUUCCAUGGCGGUCCUGGAGGGGACGGAUGUGAAGGAGAAGUUGCAAAAGAAUUACUGGGAGGCGUUGAGCACCAAUUGGAUGGUGUGGCCGUUUGUGCAGAUGGUCAACUUUAAGGUGGUGCCGUUGGAUCAUCGCGUGUUGUUUGUGAAUGUGAUUAGUAUUGGGUGGAACUGUUAUUUGAGUUGGCUGAAUGGGCAGUGAGUGAGGUGGUGGACUGGGAGGAAGGAAGGAACAAUGUCUUCUGUGGGCUCGCUGAGGGUAGACAAGAAAUAGAUUUGGUUGUUUGUUGGGUUCAGCGGAGAGAAUUGCGAGGAGUUUCGGUUGGGAGUAGCAGCCUGGAUACGAGACUGCUGGCUCAAUGCGUGUCAUAAACCAAAACUUCCUUUUAGCAAUCAUAUUCCCCUCCCCGUCCCGCGA